CCGCGCCUGACCCCGGAGGCGGGCCUUCUGCGCAGGCGCGUUGGGCCAGACGCGGGACCGGGUCCGCGCUCGCCAAGCUGUCAUCAUGGUGCCGCCGCCGCCUCCGCUCUGCACGCUGCCCCCGGGCCCGGGCUCCCCCCGCUUCGUUUGCUACUGCGAGCCAGAGGGCAGCGCGGCCGGAGAUCGCGGCGUCUUCCGCCUGCACGUGACGGACGGCUUGGAGCUCUGGAGCGCCCGCCUCCCCCCGGAGGGCGAGGCCACGCGCGUGCGAGCCGGCCCGGGGCGCGCGGGUUGGGGGGACCCCGCAGGCCUGGGUCCCGGGCAGCCACAGGAAGCCCGCUGCGGCCUGGGCGCGGACGAGGACCUCACUGCGCGCUUCAGGCGUCUCCCCAGGUCCGCCUGCCAGCAGCGAGCCGUCGCCCUGAGCCUGCGGGAGGACAGCGCAGCCCUGACUCUCUCGGGGCCUCCCUCGACGCUGACCUUUGACCUCUCCAAGGUGCCCGGCCCCGAGGCCGCCCCCAGGCUGCAGGCCCUGACCCUGGGCCUGGCCGAGCGCGUGUGCAGCCUGGAGCAGCGGCUGGCAGCCGUGGAAGAGACAGCUGCCAGCCCCAGCAAGAGCCCCCAGCCGGCAGGGCCUCCGCUGUUCUUACCGGACCCCGAUCCCCAGCGAGGCGGCCCUGGAGCUGGGGUCAGGAGACGGUCUCCGGGGGAGUCCCUCAUCAACCCUGGCUUCAAGAGGUACCUGCCCACUUGUCCCUGCCCACUUGGAGCCCUGCCUCUUCUGUCACACCCCACUGCACCACCCCUCUUCCCCGCAGCAAGAAACCAGCUGGUGGUGUGGACUUUGAUGAGCCCUGAAGGGAGAGCCAGACGUCGGGGAGUCUGCGCGUGCGGGACCCUACCCCCUCGGCCCCACCCUACUGUGCGGCGGGCCCCUUGUCCUUCACGGCCAUCGAAUAAACAGAUGUGGUGGAGGCUCUGGCCCGGGGACAGUCAGCUGUGGUGGGGCCCUGGGGCCGGGCCAGGAUGUGAUCAGGCACCCGGGCUCCCUGCUCCCGGGUACCCGUCCAGCUCUGCCUGCGCGGCCGGCUGGGAGCUGAGGGGCCCCGCUAGGCAGGGCCAGGACACCGGGGCUGGGACUCCUCUGGACCCCUGCUGCCCCGCGACCCUGCUGGAAGCCUGCAGCCCGGAACGUGGGCCUGGCGCACCCACUUGGCCGAGUUCAGCCGGCUCUGAUUCCCACCCUGCUUGGCCAUACCGUGCGCCCCGCCCCGCCUGGCCUGACUGGUUUGGGAGCCCCAUCCAGUGCCCCAGAUCCCGGGGCCUCGCCUCUGCGCUUCUGUGCUGGGCGCCCUGGCCUCUUCGUGGGCUCCGCGGGAGGCUGGGCCCGCCCCACCCCGGGGCUCCCGGCCUCAUUCCCGAUGUCUUCUCGACUUGAGCCUCCCGCCCUGGGCUCAGGUAGCAGUGACCCGGCCUCUG